CGUACGUAGGUUAAGUACAGGGAAUUUAACACCAGGCUGUCAAUUAGUAGGUUCAAAAAUUUGACAGAGAGGGCUCUCUAUUUCCUAUGUAUUACUUUUCUCUAUGAUUGACAAACUGUGACAAACAAAACAAAGAAGGAUUGAAAAAGGAAAAAACGAGCGGGAACGUGUUUAUUUUCCUGAAAUCAAAAUAAAUACAUCGAAUUCCUGUAGUAAAGCAGUAAUUAUGAAUAGUUUUAGUGCUUCUGCACCUAAUACAUUAAGUCUCUCGUCUAGUUCAAAAUUAUUAGCACUAGAAAAGACAUUACAUCAAAGUAUCGUCAACUUUCAAGAAGUUGCUAAAGAAAUUGAAGCAUUGCACUUAGUAUCUGAGGAUUACAAAAACCAGUUUUUAACACAAAAGGAAAAAUGUGAAAGCAAACAUUGCAGUGCUUCAGAGGCACUGUCAAAGGUUAUAGAAUGUAAGGAUAACAUAAUACAAUCAGUUGCAUCGGCAGUAACAAGACUUAAUGAAACAAAAAACUUCAAUGUGAUCAAAGAUAUCUAUAAAAUACUAUGCGGAGAUUCCCCUAUUACAGUUCUUAAAGUAGAACCACAGAUUGUAAAGGACGAAAGAAAUGAUACAUUUAAUUUUAUAACUCCAAAAAAGGAACUUGACUCCACUACAGAUAUUACUGAUGUAACUAUGAAAGAUGAAUCUGUAUCAGAAAUUGAAGGCACACCUACCGGACGAACCAGUCCUAUAAUCCAGUCUAGGAAGAUGAAAAAUGGGUGUGUAUCGUCAUCAUCUGACCAUAGAGACAAAAAGAAAUGUCCUGAUAGUUGGUCUACACCAGAUUCAAAGGCGAUGAAGCUAACAUUUCCUCCCAACUCCAAACGCGGCAAGUGGAGGCAAGGCCGCCUGAGUGUCGUCACGGUGAAAUCAAACAGUGUGGUGGAUCUCACCAGUUCACCGGAGUUGAUGGCUAUGAACAAGAGCUCACAACCAGAAACUAUUGUCCAGGCGUUAGUAAAGAAAGAAUCGACAGACAACGACGACACUAUUCUACCUUCGCCAACCAGCGGACCAAAUAAUUAUCCAUCUUUGUUGAAAAACCCCAUCAAAAGUGAGAGCUUCAAAAGGCCACUGUGUUUGAAAAAUAAGUCUGAAGACAAAAUAAAUAAAUGUAACGUAGAAAAUAGUCCAAAAAAGAAAUCAACUAAAAGACAGGAAGAACCUGAUGAAUCCAUCAAUUUAUUGAAACCUGCCAGAUUUAUGAAAAUGUUAGACGAGAAUUCGCCAAUAAAAGUGCAAAUGGACGAUGAAACGCACUGCGAAAUCCCAUCCAGUUUGUCGAUACUUGAACACCACGUGUUGGCUUCGAAGGACGCUGGUGAAGCUCUGAAAGCGGUCAGGUAA